AUGCAUACAAUGUGAUUUCAACUUAUCAUCUAUUAUCUCCCUUCUUGACUAGGUACCUCCAGUUGAGACAAUAGAAGAUGAACAUGAUUAACAAAUCGAUCAUCGCUGUUAUCGUCUUGCUGACCUAUAUUUCCUUAUGCAGCUCCGCCAACAUCCUCGUACUUUUCACUCUUGCUUCACGAAGUGUCCAUUUUUGGCAUACUCCUCUUCUCAGCGCACUUGCAAACAAAGGACACAACCUCACAGUCAUAAGUCCAGACGCACAAAAGAAGCCAAUACCAAAUCUCACAGAUAUACAAAUAGACGGCAUGUACAAAGACGUGUCAGGGCAAUGGGAUUACGAAGAGUUGACAGACUCAUCGACAUUCUUCUGGAUAACCGAGACAUUUGUCUAUUUUGAAAGGGCGUGCACGUAUGCCCUUAAAAGUAAAAGCUUCAAACAGUUGGUGGAAUAUCCGCCCGAUUUUAAAUUCGAUUUGGUUUUAAUUGAACCAAUAGGAGUAGAAUGUUUGUUGGGUAUUCUUCCAAAAUUUGGGAACCCUCCAAUCGUCUCAAUCAGUAGCUUUGGCUUGCCUCAAUGGGUAUUAGACAUUUCGGGCACGUCGGCCAACCCAUCCUACGUGCCCUACGCCCUUUUGUCUUACGACGAUAAAAUGAAAUUUCCGGAACGGAUGAACAAUUUCUUUUCGUAUUUGUAUUCGUAUAUUUUAUAUUAUUAUAAUUACUUACCUAGUAUGAAUAGAGAAGCUAGGAACUAUUUUGGUUCUGAAAUUCCCUCGGUGUAUGACACAUUGCGUAAUGUCAGUAUAACCCUAUCAAACUACCAUCCAACCUUCAAUACCCCCCUUCCAACAACCCCGAAUUUAAUACCUAUUGCUGCAAUUCAGGUGAAAGACCCUAACCCUCCUACCAGAGAAUCAUUCGAUAAGCAAGACACGAAAAAAGCAAAACUGGUAAUAAAGGAUAUCCAAACUUUUCUAGACGAAGCAACAGGAGGAGCUAUAUAUUUCAGUUUGGGAAGCAACGUACGGAGUGACAAGUUGUCUUUGGUGACGAGGAAAGCAAUUCUCGAAGCUUUCGCUGAGCUGCCUCAAAGAGUAUUGUGGAAGUUUGAAUCAGACCUGCCAGAUGCGCCGAAAAAUGUGAAAAUCAGCAAAUGGUUGCCGCAAAAUGACAUCUUAGACCAGCACACGAACAUAAAAAAGCUGGUGAAACUGGGUUGUGGAAUCCAAUUGGAAUACAAGAACCUCAGAAAAGACACUUUGCUUCGCGCGCUUCGGGAAGUUAUUAGGAAUCCAAGUGAAACAUUCAUGAAACAUUUCCUUUUUACUGGUAUCUUCCUGCUGAGCUAUGUUUCCAUAAUCAACUCCGCCAACAUUCUCGUACUUUACACUCUUGCUUCACGAAGUGUCCACAUUUGGCAUACUCCACUUCUCACCGCUCUAGCAAACAAAGGACACAAUCUCACAGUAAUAAGUCCAGACGCACAAAAGACACCGGUACCAAAUCUCACAGAUUUACAAGUAGAUGGCAUGUACGAGGGUUUGACAGAUCAAUAUGCUCGGGAAGAUUUGACGGAAUCCUCAACGUUCUACUGGAUAGCGGAAACGUUUGCCUAUUUCGAAAAUGCCUGUAGUUUUGUCUUGAAAAGCGACCGUAUCAAGCAGCUAUUGGACUAUCCACCAGAUUUUAAAUUCGAUUUAGUUUUGAUUGAACCGGUGGGAUCAGAAUGUUUAUUGGGUAUUCUUCCAAAAUUUGGGAACCCUCCAAUUGUGUCUGUGAGUAGUCUUGCCUUGCCUCAGUGGGUUCUGGAAAUUACAGGCACGUCUGCCAACCCAUCCUAUGUGCCUUAUGCGUAUUUACCUCACGACGAUAAAAUGAAAUUUCCGGAACGAAUGUACAAUUCCAUUGCGUAUUUGUAUUCGUAUGUCUUGUAUAAUUAUAAUUAUUUGCCGAACAUGGAUAGAGAAGCUAGAUAUUUUUUUGGUUCUGACAUUCCUUCCGUGUACAAUACACUGAAAGACACCAGUAUUACUCUAUCAAACUACCAUCCCACCCUUGACACCCCACUACCAACAACGCCGAAUUUAAUACCGAUUGCUGCAAUACAGGUGAAGGAACCCAAACCUCUGCCAGCGGAUAUCCAAACGUUUUUAGACGAAGCAACGGAAGGAGCUAUAUAUUUCAGUUUGGGAAGCAACGUACGCAGUGACAAGUUGUCUUUGGCGACAAGGAAAGCAAUUAUCGAGGCAUUUGCUGAACUGCCUCAAAGAGUAUUGUGGAAGUUUGAAUCAGACCUGCCAGAUGCGCCCAAAAAUGUGAAAAUUAGCAAAUGGUUGCCGCAAAAUGACAUCUUAGCCAAUGCACUAGCACUAUUCACGUCAGCAACUCUCAGCCACAACAUUUGGAACAACCCAGGGGUGAUUGCUCUAGCACAAAGAGGCCACAACGUAACAGUUCUAACAGAAGCUCAGAAACAUUCAGUACCAAAUCUUACAGAUAUAGUAAUUACAGGACUGUACGAAGCAGUUUGCAAGUGA